AUGGCAUCCCAAAUGAAAACAUGUUUUGUUGAGCGCAAGGAUGUCAUCCAGGUCCAUGAUCACUGUCCCGAGCGUCCCUACAUUGAGUUGGAAGUACCGCAAGAUGCAAAGAGAGUCACUGCGGUUACUUUCGGUGGCAUAUCUCGCGAUCAAGGCUGGGCAGACAGAUCAGAAGCAGUUUCUUACACCUGGUGGGACGCUUCAGUAAAACGUCCUGAAGGACGUGGAGAUCUGCGCACGAUUACUGUACUCAACAACCGCCUGGCAAAUGAUGAACCCCAGAAUUGGUCUGACAGGUGGACUGUCUUCCAUGGACCUAGACGAAGACUCUGGAUUGAGGCACUUCGACCUGGCGAUCUCAUUCAGCUGAUUCCUCGAGCUAUGUACAUGGCUUGGGUAAACAUCAUCGAUGAGGGAAGCAUCAAGAUUGAAUAUGAACCUAAGGAGUUGGAGGAAGAUCUUCAAGCCCUGCAACUUACCUCAAAUGCUUCGCAUUAUGCUGGGGCGUUGAGUAUCGAAAGGCAGGAUAUUCGACUUCUCCACGUUGAGCCAGGAACCUUUGACGAUCCGAUCCGAUGUUCUUUUCGCUUAGCAAGCUUGAAGGAAGUCGAGUCGAAACGGAUCGACUUCCGCGCACUGUCGUAUUGCUGGGGAGAUCCUACUGAGCGAGAGGAUAUUUUCUUAUCGAAAGAGGGUGACUUCGGCAAUGGAAAGGAAGGGAUGCCUUUUAGUAUUGGAAAAUCUGCUGCCCAAGCACUUCGUCGGUUGAGACUAGAAGGAGAAACUCUGGUUAUAUGGAUCGACGCCGUAUGCAUUAACCAAGAUGAUCUCGAAGAGAGAGCCCAGCAGGUCACGCUCAUGAGUCAGAUCUACUCAUUGGCUUCCGUCGUCCAUAUCUGGCUGGGAGAGGAUAAUCAUGGCGUCGAAGCUUGCUUGAAGCUUAUCCGAGAUAUCUGUAACUCAAACUCCAGACUAUGCCAAGGCGGCGAACAAUGUUCUUGUGCCGGGACAGCCCAUUCGACUCCACUUGAGGAGAUUCGGGCGUAUGAGCAGAGCAAAAAGGAUGAGGGGAAGGCCAUCUCAUUCAAAGGUAUGUUGGAAGUUUUCGACAUUCACUUGAAAAACUGGACGAGGGAAAUUAUCGAUCUUGCUGGCUGGUAUGGAAACACCCAACUAUCAUUCCUUAUGAGCACUCUUUACGAAAACCCCUGGUUUUCCCGAGUCUGGGUGAUUCAAGAAGCCCUAUCAGCGAAAAGUCCCUUCAUCCACUGCUCGGGAGAGCAAGUCCCCUGGGAAGAAGUGGUACAAGUCAGCAACUGGCUUGAGAACCCCGGAUACUCCAGUCAAAACCCCCAUAUUGUCUCCCAGCAGAUUUCCAUGGCGGCUAUUUGGAAGACUUUGAAACCAAAGGGAAAGACUACGGAGGUUCUGACUACUCCCAUCGAAGCACAAGAUACGAAUGAGUUGUCGAGUAUUCUUGAAGUCUUUCUUUCGGGUCUCGAUCUCAAAGCGACGGAUCCUCGAGAUAAACUGUUUGCUCUACUCACUUUUGCAAACGAAACGCACGAUACUACGAAGUUGGAUGAUUUGAUUCGACCCAACUACGACAAGUCCAAGGAGAGAGUAUUUGCUGACUUUACGCGCUGGUGGAUCCGAGAGCACAACUCAGUGGCUAUCUUAUCGUCUAUCCAUUGUCAACCUUCACGCACUUGGGUAAAGAUUCUGGGGCCCAAAGCCCAAGAUCCAAUGACGGACCUACCAACUUGGUCUGUUGACAGCAAAGGAAGUUCAAGACGGACUCAGGCCAACUUGAACGCCCGCUUCAAAUUCAAAGCAGCAGGCGAUACGAAGCCAGAUCUUGAGCUCCUAAAGACGGACGAUCCUCUUGUUCUUCGACUUUCAGGUCUUCACAUUACUGAGAUUAGGAGCAUCAGCCACGCACCCAUUGAGUAUAUCUAUCCUUACCAAAAGCCUGUCGAAGAGCAAAGCGAAUUAUCCCAAGUCUUUGAUAAGAUUUUCGAUCCCUGUGCUCUAUCACCGUUCCGAUCAUAUGCGGGCUCACUGGAAUUACCGCUCGCGAGAACCACUUGA